AUGUAUUCUCUUUAUAAAGUUUAUCCAAAAAAUUCCAGGCAUUUUGCCCUCCUAUUCAUUCUCUAUCUAUUGUUUAUCGAAAUAUCGGGGGUAGACAAGAUAGAUGAUACCUUCAAGAAGGUGACCCCUCAAGUUGGGCCCCAACAGCAAUCAAAAAAUGCAAAGCGUCGUGCUAUCAAGAAAUCACGACGUGAGACCCAACAACAAGAUAGGUCCAUCCAUGGCCAAACCACUCAACAACAAGAUGCUGGAGACUUUGAAGAUACUAUUGAUCCAUCGUAUCAACAAAAGUUGGAAGAGACCCGUCAAGAGUUGGAAAAGUCCCAUUGUUCAGUACUCAAAGAACAACAACAACAAAUAGAGGAAUACCAAAAGGAGUUUGAAUUAUUAAAGUUAAAACAUCAAAAUGAUCAACAAACAAUGCAAAUACAACAACAAGUCAUUGAACAAAAAGACAGUAUCCUGAUGGUGUCAGAGGUUGGAGCAAUGGAUGGUUAUGAUGAUGUACAAGACUCGAUCAUCCAAGAUAUCAUCGAUGAAGUUCAUAUGGUGUACGAUCCAGUGCAUAUUUCCAAGACCAUACGUAAUCUCAUGAUUCAAAACGCAAAGUCAUCUCACUGA